AUGUUUAUGAAACUGAUAUAUGCUUGGUCCAUAUACAUUUUGAUAUACACUAAAUGUAACUCUUAUAUUCUGAGAAAAAAAUAUUUGGAUAAUUUAUUUUUUGUCAAUUAUGAUAGAGUUCCUUUUUAUGAUUAUAAUAAGAGAUGUAUUGUAUAUGACAAAGCUAAUAAGGGAUUGAGAUUAAAAAACCAGAGAAUAUAUAAAAAUGAAGAAAAUGAUGAAAGAAAGAAAUUAAAGAAUAAUAGAUUUACAAGGUGUUAUCUGUUAAACAACAAUGAAUUUAGACAAUAUGAUAAAAAAUUAAAGAAGAGAAGAAAAGAUAAAGAAAGUAAUCUUUAUAGUAGUAAGUUUGAUAAGAUGUUUAAAGAAUCAUUUAAUGAAGAUGAUAAAUUAAAAAAAAGUGAAUUAAUAUCUAUCUUAGCUUGUAUAUGUACAAAUAUUGUAAUUGAAUUUUUAAAAUUAAAAGAAGAAAAGAAAACUGAUGAUUUUACAUAUACUUUUGAUUAUAGUGUUAUGAAUGUAUUAAAGAUGGUAAAUUUUGAAUAUGAUGUAAAUGAAGAAUUAAAAAAACAAAAAAAGAAAAAAAAAAUGAAUAAAACAUAUACAUCAUUAUAUGGAGAUAAUAAAAAAAGUGAUAAUUAUAAUGACAAUAUAAAUAUCUUAAAAAAAAAUGAGGAUCCAACAAUUAAUAAUUCUUUAUUUGAUAAAGAAAGAUUUUCUGAAAAUGAUAAAAUAGAAAUGUUUGAAGAAACAAAAGAAAUAAAUAUUGAUAUUAAUAAUAAAAACACAAAAGAAGAAAAUGAAUUAUUAGAUAUGUAUAUUCAAAAAUUAGAAUUUAAUACUCUCGAAAUGAAAGAUAUUAAAACGUAUAUUGAUUUAUUUUUUGGAAAAAAUACAUAUGAAAAAGUGUUUGUAAAAAAUAAUAUAAAUAUUAAUAAAAUAUUUGAUGUGUUGCAUACAGCCUUAUUUGAUAAGACACAAGAAAGAGAAAAUGUCAUGCAACUACAACAGUUUGUUGAUGAUCAAGAAAAGAAAUUAAAUGAAAAAAAAAUUAAUGUUAGAAAUGUUAAUACAUUUAAUGAUUAUUUGGAUAAAUAUGUGUCAUUAGAAGAGGAGAAAAAUAUAAAUGAUCUUGAUAAUAUUUUGUAUGAUGAUGAAAAGUAUGAGAAGGAAGAUAUGACAAGAGAAAAGAAAGGUAUGCAAAAAAAAAAAAAAAAGAAGCAAACAAAAACAUUAGAUAGGGUCAACAUGGAUACUGACAAUAAUGAUAAUGAUGAUAUUGAUAAUGAUGAUAAUGAUAUUGAUAAUGAUGAUAAUGAUAUUGAUAAUGAUGAUAAUGAUAUUGAUAAUGAUGAUGAUAAUAAUAAUAAUAGUGGUGGUAAUAAUAACAAUAGUGGUGGUAAUAAUAACAACAGUGGUGGUAAUGAUUAUAAUUAUGAUAAUAAUGAAGACAACAACAACAACAAUAAUAAUAAUAAUAAUAAUAGUCAUAGUAAUAAACAUGAUAAUUAUUCCAAUGAUCAUUCUAUUGAUCAACAUAAUGAAGAUAAUCACAAUACUAAUAAUCAUCAUAUGAAUCAAAAGACACAACAUAAUAAUUAUCACAAUCAAGAUAAUAGAUAUAUUAAUAAUAUUAAUGUGGACAAUAAUGAAGAUGAAAAAAAAGAUAAUGAACAAGAAAAGAAAUUUUUAAGCGGACUUUCUUAUGCUCUAAUUAAAGGUUGCAAUAUGCAAAUGGAAAAUAAUGAAGAAGAAAUGAAUGAAGAAAAAAUCAGUGAAGAAAAAAUUAGUGAAGAAGAAAUGAAUGAAGAAAAAAUUAGUGAAGAAGAAAAUGACAGCAGUUCUACCACUUAUGAUGAUAAAAAAAUUGAAUUUUGUCAUAACAAAAAUCAUAUUAUAUUAUUAAAUUUUCUUUAUAAUAAUAAAUACAAUAUAGAAUUUCGAUCAGAUAUUGGAGUUGUAGCAUAUGAUAUAUUGAAUAAUGAAUUUGUAGAAGAUAAUAUUGAAGAAUGUCUUAUUAAAGAUAUGAAGUUAAAUAAUAUAUUUGAUAAAGAUAUUAUUAGUACAUUUGAAAAUAUAAAAAAUCUUAAUUUAAAUGUAAUAUGUUCUUAUCCAUAUAAAAAACGAUUUUAUCAAAAACAAAAAUUAAUUAAAGAUAUUAAUAACAAAAUAAAUUUCAAUAAUUUGAAUGAUAAAAUGUUACAUAUGUUAUUAUAUAUUUAUUUUAUCAUAUGGGGAGAUGAUUUGCAUUUCUAUGAAUUAAAAAAGGUUCAUAUAGAACAUAUAAUAACAAAAGAGGAUAUAAAUAAAUCAAUAAAUAUAAAUAAUAAUGUAGAUAAUAAAAAUGAAAAUAUAUCAUCAUGUGCACAUAAUUUUUUUGUAAAUUAUAAAUAUAAUGAUAAUGACGAUAUAUUAAUCGAUAGUGAUACAUAUAAUAAUAAUACUUUAUCAAACAAUAAAAAUAAUUUAUUUGAUUCUUCAUUUUUUGAGAAUGAUUAUAUAUCAUUAAAUUUAAAAAUAUUUAUUAAUAAUAAAAAACAAAUAAAUAAUUUUGAUGAAUUAAAAAAUGUUUUUAAAUCAUAUAAAUGUAAUCUUAGUAAAUAUAUACAAAAUUUUUUAAAUAAUAUAAAUGAAAAAGACCUUAAUUUUGUAACUCCAGAAUAUUUUAUAAAAAAUUAUACAUAUGAUGCAAAAGAUGAUUUUAUAAAUAUAACUGAAAUUUUAUAUAAAUGUAAACUACAAAGUAGAUAUAUUUCUUUAUUUCAAGAAAAAACUAAUAGCGAUGAAAUAAAUAAAAAGAGAGAUUUUAAGUUAUAUUAUUCUUGUCCAACAUUUGAUCAUAUGGUUAAUAGAAAAAUGAAUAUAUUAAAAAAUAAAUAUAUGUUUAUAAAGAAUUUUAAAUAUAAUAUUUUUAAAACAAACAACAACAAUAAUAAUAAUAAUAUAAAUCUUUAUAAUUGUAACUAUUCAGAGACCCUUAAUGGAAAACGUUCAUUUUUUUUAUGUGCUAAAAAAAAAAAAUAUGAAACCCAAAAUAAAAAGGAUCAAUCAAAAUAUUAUCAAACCAAUCAUGCAAAUAAUAAUAUAGCUACUUGUGAUUUUCUAUCAAAUGAUCUAUUUGAGGAAGAAAUAGAAAAAUUUGAACACAUAGAUAAUAUAUUAGGACAUCAAACUUAUGAUAAUCUUAAUGAGGAAGAAAUAGAAAACACAGAUAACAAAAAAGAUUUUUCAAAUAAAAGUAAUGAUGAUGAUAAGAAUAAAAUAUCUAAUCCAAAUGAUAAGGGUUAUAAUAACAAUUUAACUUGUGAAAGAAUAAAAAGUAGCAAUAAUCCUUAUAUGCAAAAAAUGUUAGAGAAACAAAAGUAUAUGAAUAAUAUUUUAAGCUUGACAAAUAUGAAUAAUAAUAUCAAAGAAAAUAUUAAUGUAUUAAGUUAUGAAGAUGCUUAUAGUAAUAUACAAAAUGAGUUGAAAAAUAAAUCCAAUGAUAAAAAAAAAAAGAAACAAAAUAAUAAUGAUAAUAAUAAUAAUAAUAAUAGUAAUAAUAAUAGUAGUAGUAAUAAUAUGGAUGAACAAAAUAAUGUUAUUGAACAAUUUGAUGAGGAUAAAAUUGAAAAAGAAUUAAUAUCGUUAUUACAAAAUAAAGAUAAUCAUGAUUUAUUAAAAGACAAUGAAGAAAAAAAAAAUAAGGAAUUAGAAAAAUUAAAUAGUGAAAAAGAAAAGAUUAAUACAUUUUUUAAAAAUAUGAAUGUUGAAAUAAAAUUAAACAAAAAUGUUUGUGUAGGGUGUGGUGCUAUAUUUCAAUCUAAGGAUAUGAAUAAAUUUGGAUUUUUAAAAAAUGAUAUAUAUGAAAAAAUCAUAAAUAAAGAUGAGGAUUUAGAUAAGAAAAAUAUAUUAAAUGAAAUUUAUGAAGAAAAUAAAACAGAUGAUAAUAUAUCAGAUAUGAAUAUAAGAUAUAAAAAUGAUUCUAUAAAUGAAUUAAAAGAAAUGAAUAUUAAAAACGCGUCUGAAUCUGAUAACGAGAACAUGAACUAUGAUGGAGAUCACAAUGAAAAUGAUAAUAAUAAUAUUGAUGAAUAUAUUGUGGAUGAAAAACAAUAUACAUGUAAAAGGUGCUUUGAUUUAAAAUAUAAAAAUAAAAUAAAUAAUAAUUUAAUUAUUAAUUAUACUAAUAAUAAUGAAAUAGAUGUACAUGAUUUUGAAAAGUAUGUUAUAAAUAUAUUUAAAAAAAAAUGUUUUAUUAUAUAUAUUGUAGAUGUGUUAGAUUUAUAUGUUUAUUCAAAUUUGAAAAAAUUAUUUAAUCUUUAUAAGAAGUUACAUAAUGAUAAAAGUAAAUUGGAAGGUUUUUAUUUUUGUGUAAAUAAAAUUGAUUUGUUAUCAAAUUAUAAAGAAUUUACAGUUAAGAAUUAUAUUUACAAUUUUUUAAAAAGUAAUAAAAUCAAUGUAUUAUUUAAAAAUAUUUUCCUUGUAAGUGCAAAAACGGGAUAUAAUGUUAAAAAAUUAAUUUAUACUGUCUUUAUAAGAAGCAAAAAUAUACUUCGAAAUACUAAACAAAAAAAGAAACAAAAUUUGGAUGACGAAGAAGAUGAAGAUGAUGAUGAUAAAGAUAUGGAUUCAUUACAAUGUGGAAAAUAUAAAAAAGAAAAAAAAAAAAAGAGUAAAACGUUUCUUUUUGAAAAUUUGUUAAAUAUUAAUUCUAAUAAUGAUGAUACAAAUAGUGAUGAUAAAAAUAAUAAAAUAGACAGUCUUAAUGAUAAUGAUUUAAUCAAAUAUAAUAAAGAGCUAUUCUCGAAUGAUAAUAAAAAUAAUUUUUCAAAUGAACACCUGGAUGAAAAUUAUUAUAAUGAUAAUGAUUCGAAUAAAUAUUAUUCCAAAAAUGUAAAUAUUUAUAUUGUUGGAAAUGCAAAUAGUGGUAAAUCCUCAUUAAUAAAUUAUUUACUUAAAAACGUUAAAAAUAAAGAAAAGAAAAAUUUUUUAAUUAGUCAUAGUAUAAUACCAGGUACCACCUUAAAAAAUAUUAAAAUAAAAUUAAAUAAAAAUAUAACAAUUAAUGAUACACCAGGAAUAAUAUCUAAUAAUUCACUCUUAUCAUAUUUAAAUUUUGAAGAACUAAAAUAUGUUGUAUGUAAUAAAUUAAAAAAUAAAAUAACAUCUAUAUAUAUCAAUCAGAAUGAUUAUAUUUUUAUUGGAGGUCUUCUAUUUAUUCAUAUAUUAAAUAUUAAAAAAUAUUAUUCAAUUAUGUCUUUUUUCUUAUCUGAAAAACUACCAAUAAUUAAAAGAAAAAAUUUCUCAAAAGAUCCAUAUGUAUUUAUCAAAGAAAAAAUAAAAACUGGAUUUCUUUAUCCACCUUUUACAGAACAAAGAUUUGAUGAAAUUAAUAACUUUAAAAAAUAUUAUUUUAAUAUAAAUAAUCAAGCAACAGAUAUUAAAAAUAGUUGUUAUGAUAUACAUAUUCAAGGAAUGGGAUAUAUUACUUUUUAUGCUUUUGAAAAUAUCGAAUUCAAUUUGUAUACUUUAAAAAAUGUGGAUGUUAUGUCAAGACCCUCUAUAAUGCCUUAUCAUAAAAAAUUUGGUAAAUUAAAUUUUACAAAAAAGUUGAAAUGA